CACCCAAGCAGCCCGGUGAGAGCUUGGAGAAACCAAUUAAUAACCUUACCGACCAAGCCGAUUACACAGCACUGCGAGACGAAAUCUUCGCAGCAUUCUGGCACAAGCUGGAACGGCGCUUGCAAACGCAUGCCGAAAUUAAACAUGGAACCCAUUCAUCGCAGCAUCCACGAGGAGGGUACAAAAUGGCCACCGCGAGAACACUACAGCGUACACAGGGCCAACAAUACCGCCCAACCCAGCAUAACCGACAGCGAACCCAU